CUUACGUCUGCCCCCCCGCCAGGAUUUGACCGGUCUACGCCGUACUGACGUGUUUUAUGCUUGUCUAAAGAGUAAAGACUCGGUUCGGCGAGAACACCAGCCGUUGUCGAAAACAAACAAAAAACACGUAGCGCGUUUGUGAUGUCGUAAAAUCGAACCGUUUGAACCCGCCGAAAUCGAAUCGCGAUCAUACCUUUUUGAAUCGAUUUCGGCAAUGCUUUCGACGUCUAAUGUACGAAAAUAUUACAUUCGUGCGCCGGCCUCGCUUCCACGAAUUACAAUAAUCACAAUAAUGACGGCGAGCGCCUGCCAGUCUAAUUACUAUAAUCCGAGUCCGCGGUUUACGUACACCGCUCUUCCACCUCCACCGCCCCACCACCAAACGCCCUACGCUCUACACACGUAUUUUUCCGGUAGGCAGAUGAAAGUACGAUUUAUUUAUAUGAUUCGACGACGAUGUUCUCAUUACGUUAGAAAUACCGGAUACGAGUUGUCUUUAUACCAUUGACCCUAUAGCACACGUAUUUGUGUAUCGCAACAUUUAUUGCCGUCGGCUUUUGUUUCGUUUUCUAUCGUUGGCAUACCGGUGUCAAAUUGUUGUUUUUGUGUUAUAUUAUAUUAAUUUCAAUUUUGUAUUCUGUAUUAAAUAAGAAGAAAUAUUUCUAUCUGGCAUAAUGGCAUACCAAACGAUUAAAACGUUUUAUGCAAAUAAAAAUAUAUUUCUAACGGGUGGUUCCGGAUUUGUUGGAGUUUCAUACAUUGAAAAAGUACUCAGAAGCAUGCCAGAUGUUGGAGAUAUAUUUAUUUUACUUCGUCCGCGCAAAGGACAAGGCAUCCAAGAAAGAUUGGAUACUAUUAAAAACAAUUCGGUGUUUGAUGUUAUUAAAGCUUCUGAGGGUUCUGAUGUAUUGUUAAAUAAAAUAAAACCUGUAUGCGGAGAUAUUUCUGAGGAAAAAUUAGGAUUAUCUGAUAACGAUUUUAGUAUUUUAUGUGACCAUGUCAAUAUUGUAGUUCAUUGUGCAGCCACAUUAGAUUUUGAAACUGAUCUCAAAACAGCUAUAACUAUCAACUUAAUGGGUACCAAACGUAUAGUAGAAUUAAGCAAACAAAUGAAACACCUUCAAUGUCUAUUGCACGUGUCUAGUGCUUAUGUUAACAGUAAUAAGAAUUAUGCUAUGGAAAAAAUUUAUGAUGCACCUGCGAACUAUAAUGAUAUCAUUAAUUAUGCUCUAACUAUGGAUACGGACAAAUUAAACAGUUCUGCUGAAAAGAUCAUGGGAGAUCAUAUCAAUACUUAUACAUUCACUAAAGCUUUAGCUGAACAUGUUGUUAAUGAUGCCAAAAAUGAUAUUCGUACUUGUAUAGUACGGCCAAGCAUGAUUGUUGCUUCAUGGAAAGAACCUGUUGAAGGCUGGACAGUAUCAAAAAAUGGUCCUCAAGGAUUUAUAAUGGGUGCUUCAAAAGGUGUAGUGAGGCGUUUACCAGUAAACCAGUCUUUAAUAUAUGAUUAUAUACCAGUAGAUGUGGUAAUAAACACAAUUAUUGCUGGUACAUGGUUUAGUGCUCAAUUGCCAAAGAGUACACCAACUGUAGAUGGACAAACACCAAUAUUUCAUUGUACAACCAGCACAUGCAAUCCAUUCCGUUGGAAAGAUAUUUCAUCAAUAUUAACAACUACUUUACAUAAGUAUCCCAUACGUGGUGCUGUUUGGUAUCCAAAUAUAAAAUUUUUGCCCAAUUUAUUCAUGUAUUGGAUUUCUUCAGCUAUUUUUCAUUUCAUCCCAGCUUAUAUAUUAGAUUUUGUUACCAAAAUCUCAGGUGGAAGACCAAUUCUUGUACGAUUACAUAAAAAUGUGAACCGAUCACUUAGUAAACUUGCUCCGUUUAUAUUUAACGAAUGGAAAUUUGAUAAUGCUCGAACACUUCGUCUACAAGAAGAGCUGAGUGUGGAUGACCAAUCUGUAUUUUACAUUGAUCCUACAUCCUUAAAUUGGACUCCAUAUUUUAUAAAUCUGACAUUGGGAGUUCGAAAAUAUUUACACAAAGAAAGUGAUAAAACAAUGAAACAAGCAUUGAAGAAAGAUUUCUUUUUAUUUAUUGCUAAUGGCGGAGUUCAGUUAUCGAUAGUGAUUGGAAUAUGGUAUUUAUCUUCAUUUAUAACUGGUACACCAAUGUUAGCCAAUUUUUGGGCUGCAUUUAUACCUAUUAUUUUUGGAUACUUUUUUUAAGUUCUCUAAUUGAAAUAACAGUAAUUAUUAGUUUUUAACGUGAAUUGGCAUUGGUUUGUAAUUUUAAAAUUUCGCUAUAAAAGUAUUUAAUAAAUUACUUCAUAUUUAUUUAUAUUUAAAUUAAUUAAUUCAGUAUUAUACUAUUAAUUUUUCAUUUUUAUAGUACUAAUAUUUUACGAUAUAUUUUUUUUAUAUUCACUAUUCUUAGAGUAUUAAAUUUAAGUUGGUUUUUGUUAUUUUUUUUAAUUAUUUAAACUAAAAUAAACAUUUAAUGAGACCUAUA